CCGGGCUCAGGUGCCUGGAGGGCUGAUCUUUCCCCCUCCCCGCCUCUCUGCCCCCGACUCCCGCUCACGUCUCUGCGCCUGCUCUUCGGCACUACGGGGCGGGCUCCCGCCGGCCCCUCUUCCUCCUGCCUCAGUCUCCCCAGCUCUCCGCCAUCCCUCUCGGACCAGUUCUCGAAGUGCCCAGCAUCCUGCUCGAUUGUCCCCUCACGAGGCCCCUCACACCAGCUCACUUUUUCCUCUGAGAUCGGGAGCACAUUACUCAUUCUUCCUCUUUCCCCUCCUUGCUGACUCCUCGGCUCUGGGGACAGCCCAGAGGGAGGCACCGGGCCCCCUGCUCUACCCCUGCACCCUGUAGGGUCAGUCUCGGUGGAGUGAGUUCUCGGCCCCAAGGGUGUCCCUGUGCAGCGACUGCUACUGGAAGUCCAGAUGGGUCUGAUGCUUCUUGUUUCCUUUGGGGAUCUGCAUAUGGAAGAAGGGGGUGGUGGCCGGGUCCCCCACUUCUAAAACCCACCCUCUGUCCUGGAAGACCAGCUGUCAGCAUUGGCAGGGGGUCCUUGAAGCCACAGGUGCUCGCUCAGGAUGUCGCCCUCUGGUUGCCUGUGUCUCCUCACCAUCAUUGGCCUGCUUCUCCCCACCAGAGAGUCAGUGAUUAUCCCCACUUCGCAGAUGAGACAGAUGAGGCUCAGAGAGGGGACUCCACCUGCUCCAGGACAGACAUUGAAGGAGACCACACCCAUUCCUUCGGCAGACACAACCAUUGUGAACAUUCAUGCCCUGACUCAAACCCCAGACACAGUCCACCCAGAGUCCCAGCCCACCCCUCAGACAUCUCUGCAGGCUGGUGGAACAACGCAGGAGCAGACGGAGGAGACCCACACCCCACGGCCGACGAGAAUGGAUGUGCUCCCAGCCACAGAUCCGAGGACCGGCCAGAGCGGCCCAGAAGCCACUCCCUCUGCCGCUCCCACUAAAGGCACCACGCUCUCCAAGAGGCGAUCUCCAGGCAAAGACGUCAGGCCGGACGCUGCCCUCGGGCCGACGGGCGCCAGUGAGGACAACCCCUUCUCCUACGACGAGGACACUCUCCGGAAGCGGGGGCUGUUGGUCGCAGCCGUGCUGUUCAUCACGGGCAUUGUCAUCCUCACCAGUGGCAAGUGUAGACGGUUACCCCAAUUGUGCCGGAAUUACAACAGGUGAGACCAUCGGAAGGAGGGGCCGGCAACCGAAUGGAGGGGCACCCCGAGACCGAGUCCCCACGGCUCACCGUGCCCAGCCACCUCCCUCCCCUCGAUGAAUCUACAGAAUAAUUGGUAGAGCCCAGCCCGAGAGGGAAGACCCAGAUGGAGACAGAGCCGGGCUGACGCCCCAAGUGCCCUGCCCACCCUGAGGGCUGCCCGGCCCCCUGGGCACUGGCCCCCCCUCACUCCGGUGUCCCACGCUGUUCAGACGAGAAGUAAAGCACUGUGGUCCUUGC